UUGACGCAGUGUUAGGGCUAGACUCAUUCACUUCGGGUUCGGACUCCCGCUGGAGUAACAGGAGGAAAAACGGCCGCUUCUCUCGGCAAAACUAGCAGGAAACAUUAACAAAUCACUGGAAAACGUUGGAAAACAACAACUGGGAACCUUGAACCCGAGCUGGAUGUCAGAUAAGAUCAAGACCGGUUUAUUGUGAUUGUGAUCAAAGUGUGUGUGUGUGUGUGUGUGUGUGUGUUUGCGUUGGAGAAGCCAAACACACACCGUCACAGGUUGCUAGCUGAGUUAGCUAGCCGCGGUUAGCCGGGACUACAGUUAAAGCAGCCGGAGCUAAACUUAAGAAAAGACUGUCAGACAUUUUCCAGACAGUCUGCUCCAUGAUUCAGUCAUGAUGUGGGGCUUUUUCGGACGUGUAUCAAGCUGGCCGGCUGGUAGCAUCGGCUGACUGAAGCCCACUGUGAGUCUCUGGAUUUUCCUCCCGUGAGUGAGUGAGUGAGUGAGUGAGGUGUGUGUGUGUGUGUGUGUGUCUGUGUGUGUGUGUGUGUGUGUGUGUGUGUGUGUUUGUGUUUUUCACGGUUUUUACUCCUUUUUCCGCUGCUGUUUUUGGCUGAUUUUUUUAAAGGUGGACUUGGCCCUUGGGGUGUUGUAACUCCCCCCAGUAUUAAAUAAAAAGCCCCCAUUGAUACUUGUGUUGGAGUAUUUCAAAACUUGGCUGGAAGUUUUUUUUUCUUGGAGGUGAAAAAAUUGUAGGAUUUUUCCGAGCCUGUGGAAAAAUGGAUGCGGGUAUAGAGAAGGAAUGCAGCGCCUUGGGAGGGCUCUUCCAGCUCAUCAUGAACGACAUGAAGGCCAGUUAUCCCACAUGGGAGGACUUUGUCACCAAAGGAGCAAAGCUACAGUCUCAGCUCAGGACAACCAUCAUAGUGACUGGAGCCUUUUUGGAUGCCUUUCAGAAGGUGGCAGACAUGGCAACCGGGACCAGAGGUGCCACCAAAGAGAUUGGCUCAGCGCUGACCAGGAUGUGUAUGAGACACCGCAGCAUUGAGUCCAAGCUCAAACUGUUCACCACAGCUCUGUCAGAAAGUCUCAUCACCCCUCUGGAAAUGAAGAUGGAGGAGUGGAAGAAAGUGGCCAGCCAGCUGGACAAAGACCAUGCUAAAGAGUAUAAGAGGGCCAGAGCAGACAUCAAAAAGAAGUCAUCAGACACCAUCAAACUUCAGAAGAAAGUGAAGAAAGGGAAGGAUGAGGCACGAGGCCAGCUGGAUAGCGCACUGCAGGAUGUUAAUGUCCGUUACGCCGUCCUGGAAGAGACAGAAAAGAGAGCGGUGUGCAGAGCGCUGAUAGAGGAGAGAGCACGAUACUGCAGCUUUGUGACCAUGCUGAAGCCUGUUCUGGACCAUGAGAUCAACAUGCUCGGAGAGGUGACCCACCUGCAGACCAUCCUGGAGGAUCUAACUAGCCUAACAGCAGAGCCAAAUAAACUGCCAGCAGCCAGUGAGCAGGUAAUUUUGGAUCUUAAAGGCUCAGAUUUCAACUACACAUAUCAGACACCUCCUGCAUCUCCCAGCAACACACUGUCCAGGAAGAGCAGCAUCAGCAGUAACUACCAAUCUGGAUCAGUGAGACACGUUCCCUCUCUGGACUCCAUCAGCUGUGCCGUAGAUGGUGUCCACAUCCAGCGCUGCUCCUCCCCCUAUCUGCUGAUUGGCUGUGACGAAACUGGGCGGUCGCUCAGUGAAGGGAACUCCCCCUCUCGCCUCAGUCGGCACAGCAGCUGCGGUCGCUAUGGCGGUUACCAUGGCCAUCGUGUUAGCCGCAGGGAUAUGAUCACUGAUGCAGUUGGCUCUACCAACCAACUGGCUUCAGGAGGUACAGAGAAUGGCCUGCUGGCUCCCCCACACAUUGCCUACACCCACCAGGGAGAGAGAGCCCGUGCCAUGUCUGCAUCUGGAAAGUCUUGCUCGGCCCGGGAUCAGCUGGUAUUGACACUGGGUGCAUUGAAUUCGGAUGCCCCAAGGAGCAGCAGGGACUCUCUGCACUGUUCCAGUGGCUACAGCACCCAGACCACCACACCGUCCUGCUCUGAGGACACCAUACACACACACACUGUGAAGAGAGAUCCUCCCAUGUAUGUUGAUUAUGAGUCCAUCUCGCUCCACGGAGAUGCCGACUCUAUCUCCUUGCAUCAUCUCUCCCAUGGCAACAGCCAGUCCGACUUUGACAAGUCAUCAACCAUCCCAAGGAACUCUGACCUCAGUUUGCAGUACAGGAAGUUUGCCCAGUCCAAGCGCCCAGCCUCCACCGUCAGCUUAUUGGCCGAACCAGAGCUGAUGGGUGGGUCUGUCCGCCAGCUGCCAUCCCACACAGCAACCAUCAGACGCAAACCCUCAUCCAAGCCGGCAUAUCGUAGGGGCACAAUCAGUGGGGGGGUUCCCAUUCCCAUCUGUACCCCACAGGUUCCCCUCAAAGCCCUCGGAGGCACUGGUGGCAGCGACGAGAACGUCUUUGCAGUGCCCUCUGCUGGAGCAGCAGGAUUAGGUCACAGUAAACUCUGCACCUCCACUCAGAGCCUCAGCGCAUUGCCUCACUCCUCAUCCUCUUCCCCAUACUACCAGCUGGUCCCAGGUCAGAUGCCCAUCCCAGUGCCUGUACCCACUGUACCCUCCAUGCUACCAGAGGGCACCGCCAAACAACAGCAACAGAGACAGUACCUACAGCAGCAGCAGCAACUACAGCAACAGCAGCAAAUCCACCAACAACUAAAUCAUCAACGGCAACACAAUCAACUGCAACAGCACAAUCAGCAGCUUCAGAUUCAGCAGCCACAGUACCAUCAAAAGCAACAGUUUCAUCAACAACAGCAAUUACAGCAACACCGUCAACAUCAGCAACAAAUCCAGCAACAGGUUCCACAGCAGCAAUUUCAGCCACAAAUUCAGUCUGAGACUGAGCAACAGCUGAACCAGCAUCAGAAGCAGCAGCUGUUCCAACAGCAGCGCCAAGUCCCAGUCCAGGCCCAGUCCCAGUCCUCCAACUCCUCCUCCACUGCCCGGGAACAGCCCUCUGGUGUCGGCCCUGGCGUUCAAUAUCAGCCCCACGCUCCACCACCCUCCAUCCAGGACCACAACCUGGAGCAGCUGACCCAAGAGGGAGGAGGAGGAAACAUGCUGGCCAUGAUCAGAGGAGUAAAGCUCAGAAAGACGGUGUCCAACGAUCGCUCCGCCCCCAUGCUGCCCCCACCACCGACCAAUCACAAAUGAGCACCUCAUUGCUCAUUUUACUGCUCAGUGUCUUACUGAAAGUUGGAACACACACAGACUUUAUGUCCCAGACUUUACAAACACACUGACUAAUUGCUGGAACAUGUUGUAUGUCUUUUAUUCUCCCAAAGUUGAAAGUUUUUGUUUCUUUUUAGGUGGUUUAGAUUUCUGUUUGAGACUUUGUGGCCAUUUAUUGCUACAGAGACAGCUUUUUGCCUUUUUUUGUUGGUUCUUGUUUGCAUUUCGAUUGUUGAUAAAAGCUUUUGGUUGAUCAAGUCUUACCCAGUAGACAUUCAUUGUUGUUGAUUGUUUUGGUCAGGUGUUCAUAUGUGGCUUGUUAAGUAGCCAAACAGGAAGAUUUUAGUGUCCCAGAUCCUCUCUAAGUCUUGGGUGUGUUUGAUUUGCCUUGUGUGUGUAGAGACCCAGGAGAAUGGGGUUUAGCUUAAUUAGUCAAUGCAGUAUCUCCGCUGUGGUUAAACCAUGGUUUGUGGAGGUUUUCAUUUGCUGGCUGCGGGGUCCACUUUAUCUGUAAGGUGAGUGGAGAGAGAGUCGAACACUGAACCUGCUGCUAAGACUCUGACAUAGAAUAUAUAAAAAUGUGAGAACAAAAAGUUGCAUGGGGCACAGAUCUGUCAACAGUUAAUGAUCGCUCUGACACAGAGAAAGUAACAUAGAUGAGUCAGUCUUUAUUCUGACUCAAGUGGUGACAUAUUUCACAUCUGGAUGACAAAUGGUGCCCCUGAAAGGACUAAGAUAAAGUUACUGCAUGAACAUCUGGUUUUUACUGUGUUUAAUGAGCAGGUUCAUGUGACUAAUGCAAUCAAACAGUGGCAGCUUUUAGAGGUGGCAGUGAUGUUGGUAGAGGAGCUGAUUAGCAACUGGAGACUACAUUGUUGCUGGCAACAUAGCAGACUUAGAGGAGUAGAACAUUUAAGUCGGUCACGGCUGUUUAUCACCUCAAUAUCAUUAAAUUUUUUGCAGGUAAAACAACCAUUUACUUGGGUUUCUUUUGUCUUUUAAGGUAAAAAACCUGUAGCUUUUUGGUGAGAGUUCACAAUUUAAGGUAUUUAAUUUCCUAUUUUUUAACUAUAGACUGUGUAGAUGAGGUCAGAGCCACUGAGAUGCUUAACAAUGUCAUUUGAAGCCUCAGGAUAGCAUUUUGACCAUUGAUAAACUGGUUUACUGGAGCCAAAAGUGACUAUAUUCAGACAAAAGGGCAGAGCUGCAGUAGGGCAAGAGGUGAUGAGUAAGAUAAUGCUAAAUCUUAACUUACUGAUAUGGUAUAAUGGUUAACUGCAUCAAGCAUUUAAUUUGCAAAGUCAUUUAACAGUCUUAUAAGCACACACAAGCUGUUUGUCAAGACAAAAUACAGUUUAAAUCAAUAAACAGCAGUACAUUACAGAUGGACCAGAACACUUACUGGAGAGUCCAAGUAAAAUGAACAAGACCAAGGUACCUUUAACAUAUGUUUGCAUUGGCUUCUCUUUGGAGUUCAUUAUGCUAAGGACUUUUCAAGAGCUUGCUCUCACUUGAUUCUUUAACAUGACACAUUCUGUAUUUAUUUGCAGAAUUUUACCAGGGUCCAAUAGCUGGUUCUACUUUGGAUCUGUUCUCAAGUUGUUGAAAUAUUUUAAUUUGUUAAACUGUAAAUAUCUUGGUUCUAAUUUGGUCUCUGGUCUGGUUUACAUGUCGUAAUUCAUUAGAGUAGUGCACACAUACAAUACAUUAACCUGUUACACACCUCAUGUAGAAUUAUCUCUGAAGGUUUAGGAUGUAAAACUGGGACAGGGUUGUAAACACAUUAGUUAUAUCCCUCAUGCUGUAAACAAAUAAGAAGUGAGUGCAUUGAAAAAUGUAUGCACCUCCUAAUUAUACUCUUCACAGUGGCUCAGAGUAAGUAAUUGUUUUUGAAAGGUUAAAUUCACAGUUUUAAGAGUAUUAGCUUAUUUGUUUCACCUGCAGUUUUUGCUUUUCCGCAGCUUUUUUUCCCCAUGCAAAAUAUCCUAUAAAUAACUUCAAAACUAGCUACUACUUUUGAGAACACCUAACAAGCUGAUAUUGGGGUAUGUAAGCAGUUUGGGACCUUUGAACCUAAUAUUUUGUACACUGGUGGUACAAGUUAUAUAAAAACUAAAAUCAACCAUUUUCAUCUCUAAAAAUUAAUAGAGUAGCUCCAUUUCACUUCUUCUGUUGCCUCUAAAAGUUGUCUGCUGAGUUGAAAAGCAGGGCUUCUUUUAAUGAAUCAGUUACUGUAAAAAUAAAAUAUCCAAAAUUAUCAGCAACUAAUCUAAAAAGAAAUGUUUUUAAUGGACGAUUAGAAUUUCCCCAGAUUAUUUUCUGUAAGCUGUUACCAAACUUGAUCUGAAAAAGGCUAAAUGUUUUUAACUCACUAAAAUGAGUUAAAACCAAAGGAUUUGGUUUCAAACAGACUUACAUAUUUUGCUAUGUGGAGUUUGAGGUUUUAACUCCAAAAAGUGAAAGUGAACUAUUUUACAGUUAAUCAAAUUAAACUCAACUGUUUGGUUGCUGGUGGAUUGUGUGUGCUGUAUGAAUCUAGCCUCUUGGUUUUCUGAGAUCAUGGUUUCAGUCCUAAGCUGCCCUCUGGAGACCUGCUGCAUGCUGGGAAAUGCAGUUUAGUGUCUGUUCUCUGAAAAAGGUGUCUGUGUAUUUUGGGAUGUCAAUCAGCUGUAUAGGUUAUUCAAGUGUUUAUAUUGUUGAUGAGACAGAAAGCUGCCAUUGACUUGCUUUUCAUUUGAUUGAUUGAUGGACCCAAUAACCCCACAGCAGUUGUAUAUGUAUAUAUUUGCGCUUCUGUUCCUGGGAGAGAUCUGAAUCUAUAUAUUAAAAUGUAUGUAUACAUAUUCUGAUUGUAUUUUUGUUGAUUUAUUGAUCAGAGGACGUGAUUGGCUCUGACACCACAUUGGUCCUCACUAGUCUUAUUUUUGUAGAAAAGCUUUAAAACCUGGUGAACUUCCCAAUGUUUGAGGAUGUCAAACCUGACCGGAUGUGACUGUUGAGAAGCAAGCAAAAGACUACAUGGACAAGAUGAACCAACAGAAUGUAGAAAUGUGUUAUCUUCAUCUUUCACGUUUACUGUGGAAUCAAAUAAUAAUAAUAAUGAUUGAUUGAGCCUGGUGGUA